UAUAACAUCACUUUCCCAUCCCCCUCUAUCAAAAUCCCUUGAAAUUCUAUACUAUCUUUCCCAUCCACCAAUAUUUGCAUAGAUCUUGAACUAUUCUAAUUUUGUGUUCAAGAUUGAAGACCAUGGGAAGCCAUCUGAGCAAGAAGCCUGAUCAAGAAAGCCAGUCAUCAUCAUCAUCAAACAAUCUCCCCUUGUCGAGGGAGCUGAACUCGUACUCGGCCUCCUGCAGAGUGGACGCCGAUCUACAGGCGUUCGACGCGUCUCUGCAGGCUCGAACAAGCAACGUGAUCAGCUCCCUCGCCGCGGGAGUGGAGGUGAGAGCUCUCUCCUUGGAUUCACUCCGACAAGUCACGGAAUGCCUCCUCGACAUGAAUCAGCAAGUGGUCAAAGUCAUCCUCGACUGCAAGAAAGACAUUUGGAGGAAUCAGGACCUGUUCGAUCUGGUGGAGGAUUACUUCGACAACAGCCUCAAAACCCUCGAUUUCUGCGCCGCCCUCGACAAAUGCCUCAAGCGCGCCCGAGACAGCCAGCUCCUCAUCCUCCUCGCCCUCAACCAGUUCGAUGAGGAACACAACGACAACGACGCUGGGGAAAUUAGGUAUUCGAAAACGUUGGAGGAGUUGAAGAGUUUCAGAGACGCAGGGGAUCCUUUCAGCGAUGAAUUCUUCCAAAUGUUUCAAUCCGUUUACCAGCAGCAGAUGCACAUGCUGGAGAAGCUGCACAACACGAAGCACAAACUGGACAAGAAGCUGAAACGCAUCAGCUCAUGGAGGAGAGUCUCGGCCAUGAUAUUCGCAGCGACAUUUGCUGCGGUGCUGAUAUGCUCGGUGGUGGCGGCGGCGAUGGCGGCGCCGCCGGUGGCAGCGGCGUUGGCGGCAGCGACGUCUAUCCCUUUGGGGUCGAUGGGGAAGUGGAUAGACUCGCUGAUGAAGGGGUACGAGAAGGUGCUGAUGGGGCAGAAGGAGAUGGUGAAUUGCAUGAAUGUGGGGACCUUUGUGACCAUUAAGGAUUUGGACAGCAUUCGGUUGCUGAUAGACAGGUUGGAGAUCGAGAUUGAGUCGCUGGUGGGGGCUGCGGAGUUCGUGAUGAGGAACGAGGAGGCGGUGAGAGUUGGGAUAGAGGAGAUUAAGAAGAAGGUGGAUGUGUUCAUGAAGAGUGUGGAGGAGUUGGGGGCGCAGGCGGAUAACUGCAGCCGCGAUAUUAGGAAGGCGAGGACUGUCAUUCUGCAGAGGAUCAUCAAAUCCCCGCCUCAUUCUUCAUAUUAAUCUAUUACUCCUUUGGGAUCCAUAUUUGAUAGUAGUAAUAUUCAUAGGAAGUUGCUUUCCAUUUUAGCAGUUGAAGUUUACUUAUUCAUAGAUUACAUACUGAUAUGACUCAUUCUUUUAAUGUGAUUCUUGAUUUUAACAA